GGACUCGGCAUCGUCUCCCGGCAGCCGUAUGGAAAAACAAGUUACACAAGAGGUUCAGUCCGAACCAUUUGGUGAAAAAACUGGAAAUCCCAGCCCCCCUGUGUCGCUGAUGAUGGAGGAGACGGAUGGUGUGCACACAGAGGAUUCAGACAAACCUGCAGUCGCUGCAUCAUGUCCCGCUGGAGGUUCGACGGACACAGAAAUCCACACGAAAGAGCAGCUCAGUAAAACCGACAAGACAGACAAACAGCCUGUAUCCAGAUCUUCUUUAGACGCCAAAGAGCACCUGAGGCCUGUGGUCCAUAAAGACUCAGACGGCGGCAGCGCGGACCACUGGGCUAAGAGGCGAAAGCUCUUCAAGGAGAGCAAGCAGUGGAGCUCGGCCGGAGGGAGCUCACUGACCAGCGACAUCACAGAGGAGUCAGUGUCAGAGGAUGCCAUGGACAUGACUAUUCAAGACAAUGAAGACAGAGGCUUUUACACUGAGACUUUCCACUCUUCAGCGUGGAUUUACCAGGGAGACGAUGCAGGCUCAGGGGCCAUUCCUCCCAGCCUCAACACCAGAGCUCGGGCUGUCUCAAUUCGUGAGAGGACUGUCAGGAUCAGCAAAGGCACGGGGGAGUAUCCUUGGGGCUUUCGAAUACAGUUUUCUAAACCCAUUGUGGUCACAGAGGUCGACACAAAUGGGGCUGCUGAGGAAGCAGGGCUGAUGGUGGGAGACUACGUCCUAGCUGUCAAUGGAACCGAUGUCACCAGCAUUCCUCAUUCUGAGGCUGCCGAUCUGGCCCGGCAAGGUCCAGAUCUUCUGACAUUGACCAUUGGGUCAGACAUUGCUCGUGGUCCUAACACCCCCAGACCAGCAUGUCGAGGCUAUCUCCACAAGCGCACCCAGUCUGGUCUGAUUAAAGGCUGGAGGAAGAGGUGGUUCGUACUCACUCAUGACUGCUACCUUUACUACUACAGACACAAACGGGAUGAAGGCAAGAGGCGGGCUUUGUCAGCAGUGAAGCUGGAGGGGGCUGAGGUGGGUCCGGAUACUUCCCUGGGAAAACCCUUUGUGUUCAAGUGCCGUCCUCAGGCCGGCACCCGAGUGUACUUCUUCUGUGCCACCUCCAACCAGGAGAUGAAAAGGUGGCUGGAGGCGAUGGAGAAAGCUAUUCACCCCAUCACACAGAACCACGUGUGGGUGGAUGUCACCAGACACAACUCUAAUCUGCCCCCGCUGGCUGUGAAGAACCCGGAGUGUCUCGGAUUGCUUCAUAAAAUGGACAAAAGCAAGGACAUGUGGGUGCAGCACUACUGCAUUCUGAAGGACGGCUGCCUCUCUUUGUACAGCAGCAUCCGCGCCACACAUGCACAUGGUGGGAUCUACCUUCAGGGGUACGCAGUGCGGGAGCAGCCCUAUGGAUCCAAGAAAUCCACCAUCGAGCUGAAACCUCCGUCUGACGAGUUCAAGACUUUCUACCUCUGUGCUGAAAAUCCUAAUGAGAAUAAACGAUGGAUCACAGCUAUCAAAGCUUCAAUAAAGAAGUGGCUGCCUUUGCACCAGGCCCUUCAGGACUACAUGAAUCGACCACCAGAGGAGACCAGAAUGUGAGACGGUGCGUUCACAGUGUAGCGACAGCAGCCUGACUCAGCCUGCGGACCGCUGGAUGGACUUCCUGUUUGCAGACACUGUGACCCCUGUGCCACCUGUCAGUCAUAGAGGAUCAUUUCACUCAGGAAAAUCCUGCUGUUAGUCACAAUUAUGUCACAGUUUGUAGCUCCCUCAUAUGUACAGCUCAUACAGCUCAAGGGUGAAACGGUAAACUGAAACUUACUACUUUAUGUUUUGCAUUUCACAAUUUUUAAGUCAAGCGCUUCCAUUUGAAUUUUCAGUUGUAAAUGUAUCUAUGACCAAAUAACCUUCUUUUUCUUUUCCAGUUCUUUCUUUGAUAAGUUAUUCUUCAGCAACACCUACUAGCACUUUACCCAAACAGUGAGAAGGUCCUGGACUGUUUGGGACAUUUGGGAAUGUGCCAUAAGGCUUUAAAACUGAACUUCACAAAGACGCUUCUCAUGGUCCUGUUGUUCUUUCAGAGGUCAUGAAAGAAGCUUUACUCCGUUCACUGUGCUGCAUCGCUUCUAAUAUGUAACCAAAGACAUUUAGAUUUAGAAAAUCACCGAUUCUGAGAUUGAGACCAACAAUAAUGACGAUACGGAAGAUGUUGAUCACAUCAGCUCGUUCACUCAUCGCCCUCUAACCAGCACCCAUGUCGGUCUCCCUGCAUGUUAUUUCAAAGCAUCUCAUACAAGCUGUGUUGGGAAUUUUCUUUUGACAGAUUUCAGUGUGCGGUAUGAAAUACUGGCAUUUCUAUGCUUUUAUACUGAUUCUAUGUGACUGUGUUUACACUGUAAACUCAC